AUGGAGCGCCUGAUUCGGAAGAUUAACACCAGCCCAAAAGCGAGACAGAAAUAUGCAUCAGAAGGUUCCAAACAGUUUGGUGUACCCUUGAAGUUUCUCGUCAACUCGGCUACAGGAGAAUUUGUUCCUGGCAUCGUGUGUAAUAUUUGCGAGUGCAUUCUAAUGGAGCGCCUGAUUCGGAAGAUUAACACCAGCCCAAAAGCGAGACAGAAAUAUGCAUCAGAAGGUUCCAAACAGUUUGGUGUACCCUUGAAGUUUCUCGUCAACUCGGCUACAGGAGAAUUUGUUCCUGGCAUCGUGUGUAAUAUUUGCGAGUGCAUUCUACAGAACGGUUUGAGCCUUCAAGGAAUAUUUCGUGUGAAUGGCGGGGUGCGUCUGAUUGAAACUUUGAGGCGCAGUUUGGAACGAUCGGGGGGAUGCAGUUUGAACGUUACCGAAGCAACAGAGUUGUAUGCACUUGCUGGUGUCCUGAAGCUUUUCCUUCGCGAGAUACCGGAUGGUCUAAUCCCCAAAGAACACACGAUGCAGUUCGUUCAUACCUCCAACCCCGACCUGGCCUACGCGAGUGAUGAUAUCGUCUCCAGUCCGUUCAUGGGGACUUAUACAACUGCCCAGGUUGUGACCGAAUCGGAAAAGAAUGGAUCCGUUGAUACAAUCAAACUGGAGGCCUUGGUACAACAGCUACCGGAGGAGAAUGCACACUUGCUGCACUAUUUAUGUCGAUUUUUGGAUACCAUGUCUAGAAACGAAUGCGAAAACAAAAUGUCUGCACAAAGCCUGGGGAUCCUUUUUGGACCUUGCGUUUUCCGCUUCGAUUUCAGUUCACAGGGGCUGCGCUUUCAGUCUUCCGUGAAUCAGGUCAUGGCAGUUCUGAUUCAGUAUCACGCAGACAUCUUCCGACGAUUUUCAGCACCAGCAGAACCCCGAGUCACGUGUCCUCGGUCGGAAUUACGGAAAAUCGCUUUUGUCAGUUCUUCCGACGAUGAAGCCCCCAGUUCACUGCGAACAAACAGCCUAUCAAUCACUGACUCUGCUGAGAAGAACUUCUUUUCAACUUUGUUCUCUGAUAGGUCGGGUAACCGGUACACAGCUGAACGUCUGGAACUGCUUCCCUCUAUUGAAUCAGCGUUACUCGACCUACCCAGUUAUGUCUCUUUGAGCCCACAUCCGACUCUACUGCGCACGUCCUUCUCUAAGUCCGAUUGCAUGAACUGCAGUCAUCAUGAGAGUGUCUCAUGCGUGCCCAGUUGCCCGCCAUCUGAUUUAGUCUCCGUAUCCGCUGAAUGCGAACAGUCCGAUACGGACACAGAUUUAGAUGCAAUGCAACCCCAACCUGUGGAUCCUCUUACAACAGUCGAUUUCGUUCUGCAAACAGCUCGGGAUAGCUGUGUGGCUGAUCCGAUUAUACAACCUCCAGACUACAAAACUGAUUUCCUUGCAUCUUCGGCGAGCAUCCCGUACGGCCCUGAUCCCAAAGUAGAGCUGAAAUCCUUCGUAUUUUGUUUAUUCUUUAGUCCGAUUAUACAACCUCCAGACUACAAAACUGAUUUCCUUGCAUCUUCGGCGAGCAUCCCGUACGGCCCUGAUCCCAAAGUAGAGCUGAAAUCCUACCGCUGUGCUGCCGAAAUGAAUUUUCCCAUUUUAUCUUAUAUACCCAAGCGAGCAUCGUUUGAUGUCUACUCUCCUGCCGAUUUUUACGCCAAUCCGCGUCCGAACAAACCGAUGAUCGAUCCACAUCUAGUGGACAACCGCGAGCUAGACAUUCCCCAGAUCAGUCGCGUCGUCUGUCGCACGUUUUCGUUGCCAUUCCAAAAAAGCCACAAACAAUCCUACCAACCACAUCAUCAUACGUUUCCCCAUGGAUCCAAACUUCCGCUCUCCGAUUUACUUCACGAACGUCUUGAAUGUGCUGACAGGAUGCUCUAUUCGGCAGCGCUCCCGGAAACCGAAAUGCCUCCCAGUUUUACGGCAGACCACAAUGACAACACAUCUUUUCCUUUAACCAGUCUUGAGAAGCGCUCAAAGUCCGUAUGUCGUUCAACGGACGAUGCUUUUGAUCCCCUGAAGAACGCAACUUGUCUUCCAGUGGACGACUUUUCGUAUAGCAUCAGUCAACGACUUAGACUUCCAACGUCCGCGAUGCGUUGUUCUAAAAGUCUUGAGAACAUCAGAUACACCGCGCCAUAUGUGAACUAUUCCAAAGAUCGUGGGUGUUCUGCACCGCAACCUACUGAAGGACGUCAGAGCCCGUUAUUUUCAUUUCUCUUACGCCGCAAGAUUCCCCUUUCAAUUCCACUGCCUUCAACUGAACAAACCACAGAAGAUUUUGGAUAUCGCAACAUUUCCUCGGUUUCUGAAAAAUACACUGAUAAACCCACCGAUCCUACAAUGAAUGUUGAAGAAGAACGCAUCGUCAGUGCGUCCACCACAAACUUCAUGUCGCUUUCUAGCUUACAGUCUUUCCAAGAAUUAUUCACUGCCGUACUUGCGGAGCAGCGGCGUCGUUGUGGUCGACCGGAGCUUCUCUCUUUACUGACCGCUGAACAGGUUUGUUUUUUUCGAACGUUAUACAUACAACAGGAAAAAAUAGAUUUGCAGAAAGGCUUACUGUACUUCGAACAACUUCAUGGUCGCCCUCAAAAUCCGGAGUCAAAACGUAUUAUGCGUCCCUUUUACGAACGCUAUCGUCAAGUUAAACGGCUUUUACGUGCCAUUGAAAAGGAAAAUGUAAUGAAAGAAAAUGUGUCUUCCGAUCCUGAUGGAAACAUCCAUGAUUCCGUCGAUAAUAUCCCAAAACUAGAUUUUGUUCAACGGGAUACUUCAAUCCCGGAUCACAUGGAUCCUGCUGCUGUGCAUGUGCAAUGUGACUCAGCACUUGACAAUCUGUGUUCGGUUGUCUCCAUUCACUGCGAUACUAGCCCCAUGUUACAUUUACCGGAACACGAGUUUAAUCCUGGGGAAACUAAUAAUCCAACCAGAUUGUCUGCUGAGAAUGCCUGUGAUUUCCGGUUGGAACCCCCCAGCGGAUCGUUUUAUCAACGGUCCAUCGUGAAUUCGUUUGUGAGUGUCGCGGAAGGUGAUUUGCAAGCGGAAAACGAAAGACUCAUCAAAAGAAAACACGAACUACAACGCGAACUGAGAGCCUUUGAAAAAUCUGUUAGUAGCGUCACUGGACGUCCUCCUACCAAAGCGGAACGUGCGCCGAUGAGGGAAAAAUAUCACGAAUAUCGCAGUUUAAAGCAAAAUCUCCAGCUUCUUUCGGAACGCCUACAUCCAACCCCGUUAGGAUGAAAGUAACGCAGUAAAGAUAAACUCACGACGGGCUGAAUCCUUCUGAAAAAGAUUCCAGAAGAUUUUCGGACGUCACUCGUUUGAUAGUCACUUUGGAAUCAAAAGUAUGACGAUCCAUGUGAAUAUCUAUCACUUUUUCGGACAUACAAUCUGCUGGCUCCCAAAGGCUGGAAAUGUAUAGACUGUUGCCUAGCUGUGGAACACAGCGCCGUUGCAUUUAUUUUUGCUACAAUGACUUUUUUCUUCCCGAUUUUUGUCACACUGUGUGCAGGUUUUUACGGUCUUCAAAGCCCCGAUAGUUACGUCACUUGCUUUAGAAUAAGCUCUCGUGUGCAAGCGAACUCUUUCAUCACUUCCUCCAAAUCUCAAGCGCGUUGAUUUUUAAGCUUAUGACUUUAAUAUUUUGAAACGUCCAGUCAAUGAAUCCGUAGCUUUUCUGCGACCUUUUCAUUAUUUCCAUCGUUCAGUUCUUUGUACAGAUCAAUUUUCUGACGAUUCGGCCGCAAGUUGGUUUUAAAAGCAUGUAAAAGUGAAACUUCAGGCUUCCCUCCUCUUAGACCCUUGAGAUAAAACUAUGA